AUGCCCCCCGAGAUUCUGGCUCUGAUACUGGACCAGCUAUCACUGCCUCGAGACUACUACAAGUCCAUGUUUUGCAUCGUGAGAACAUGCCGUGCCUUGGCUAUCCGGACUCUCCCACGCCUCUACUCGCAAGACGUCACAGACUCGCUCAAGCUUCCUCGCAACUUGGAUAUGCCCAUCGCUCUUCAAUGGGCCUGCUGGUUCGGCGCACUGGGCACAGCGGAGAGGUCGUUGGAUGCUCUCGCCAGUGUUUGCCCGGAUCUUGCUGCCAAGCUCAUGAAGCCUUUUAACAAUGACAACCUCUACAGCUUGCGCUAUCGUAUGGCCAAGAGGAGGCGUGCGAUUACCCCUGCGCUUGGCUACAUGCACUGGAAGGAUACUUCUUCUCUGUUACACCUUGCUUGUCUCCGGGGAAAUACUGCCAUCGCUAAGCUACUGAUUAACAAAGGAGUGCAUCCGAAUACCCUGGACGGGGCUAACCUCCCUGCUCUGGCGUACGCGCUCAACCCGGACGUGGUGAGUUAUAGAGAUGAGUUCCGGAGGGAAGUAAAGAGGCUAACAGAAUCCAAGGCCCGGCUUCUUAUUGAACAGGGAGCCGAUGUCAAUAUCAAACCACAUGAUAGUGACGAGACAGCGCUAUGUCAUCUCAUCUCACUAGGUCCAAUAGAAGCCCGUAAAUGGGAGAACGAACUCAACUUGUCGCAAUGUCAGGGCGCCGUAAGGGCAGAGCACACGGUCCAAGAUUUCCCAGGAACCAUCAAGUUUCUCAUCGAAGAAGCCGGCGCAGACAUUUACGCAGAAAAGAUUGGUACAACUAAUCCGCUUCAAAACGCUGUCUUGACUCGUCAUGUUGAAGCCGUCAAGCUCCUCCUGGCCGCUGGAGCUUCACCAAACCCUAUAGAUACGAGGACGGGUAGAAAGAGACUGCUGCUCGCUAAUGCGCUCAGGCCGGGCCAUAACCAGGAAGUUGUGAAGCUGCUGCUCGACGCCGGGGCCGAGGCUGAUUUCGACGAGGACCUCUACGAAGGACGUAUCGAACACCUCCCCAUCAUGAAUCUGACCCUCAGGGGCAGCAACCCGCUGUAUGCGAGGGAGGAGGCCCAGGUAGCACACAUGGUCUGUGAGCGAGCCAAGAACAUCAACGUGAUGGUUGACGGACACCCUGCCCUGUGGCACUAUGUGAGGGCGGGUCGGCAGGACAUUGGCGAGGUUUUCAUUGAGCAUGGAGCGGAUCCUCAAAAGGCGAACGUUGAGGUUCGAGAUACUGUUCUGCCGUUGGUGGCACUGGAUACCCCGAGUGCACCUGAAGAUGAUGGGGAGACGCUUGACGAAUAA